AUGCAUCAGCGCGCAAGAAAGUCGCAAGCAAGGAACAACAAGCCACCAGCACCAGCACUUGUCACGGUCGCAACGAUCAAAUUAUUCACCCGAUUGUUAUGCGAGACCGAAUAUGUGGAUCAAAUGUUUGCUUGCCGAAAUCUUGCUCGUUUGUUAGAAAAUUCUACGGAUCUAGACAUUCGAAUUGCAAUCGUGGAAAGUCUAUUGAGCGUCAAGUCUACAAUGAGAAGGGAACAAGUAUUCCUAACUGUUAUACAUAUUCUGGAAGAGCACGCGGUACCCAUAGCUGCAUCCAUCAAUGAACGCCAACCACCUACUGAGGCUGAAUGGAUCAAGGCCGAGAUGGAAGAGGGACCUCUACCUAAAGUGUAUGAAAACAAUCCAACACUUGACCUAGCGCCAAUGUUGAAAUUGCUUGUGGAGGCAAUCCCACCACUUUCUAAAGGCAAGGACAACGUUAACAACCUACUCAAUGCAAUAUGGAUGAAAAGAAUCAUAGUUCCAAUUCUGAACCGCUCGGCUUUCAAUCAUCGACGAUGGACCGCUUUAUUCUUGAAGCGUAACGAAUUUACACUUUCAAUUGACAACUUGCCUAUGUUACCAUCGAAUCCAAAAGUGCUCGCCGAUAUGUUCACGGCAUAUCCCAGGUCUUUCUUCAACUAUCCCUUCGAAAUAAUCAGAGAUAUAGUGAAGAUAAAUAUAGCCCCGAGUAGAGAUAUCGUUUUCGUCAACGAGGCUAUCAGAAAUAACGUUGAUCUCUGUCACUCCAACGCUGGGAGACACUGGCUCUCUGUCUGGAAUACGACGGGGGAUGCCUUCAACCUUGGAGUUUACCAAUUUGCGGAUAUGAUGCUCAACGAGACAAUAAACCUCUCCGAUAGACGGUUCUGUGGCAGUACGAUCGACCUAACACGCCUUUUUAUGUUUGAUGUGACCAAGACAUUUCUUUUUAUGCCUGACAUAUCCUAUUACAAUACGGCCAUAGAAAAAAUCGGCUUUCACAAGCGUAUCUACUCACUGGAAACCCGUGAACUCUUUAUAUCGAACUGCAUUCCUCUUUUAGAGGAUUGCAUUACAUAUAUCAAUUACAUACGCGAGCAUUACAAGGCUCGGGAGACGUUUAGCCUUCCGGAGGUUCUUCCUAUAGAACUAGAAAUACUUAAAGGGAAGCAUUGGCAUGAAGCUUCUAAAGCUCCUCCUUCGGCGGAUAUCCGAGAAUUUGCAAUAGACGUCAUAUCUCUAAUCCAGGGUAUUUUAGACAGAAAGAUUCCAUCAUACGCACAUAACUGGACGUUACUCAAGCGAGCUGCAAUGCAACAAUUCCACAAGAAGUACUUCAUAUCUCUGGCUAUUGAGUUUUGCUCGUUGAGCAAGAUUGAGACCGAGGAUCGAGUUGAGGACUACCUACGCCUCGACCUGAUACAAGACUUACUUUCUGAAGCGGAAGACCCCGAGGAUGAAGCCUUGGAUAAAUACUUAGGGGAACAGUUAGGGGCGUACUUGAGAGAUUGGAGGUCUGAUCCGGCGGAAUUCAUUCGUAUGAAAGUAGAGUCAAUCAUAGAGACCCUGCUGAGUCGCUAAACGGGGCUUAAUAUGGAGUUGGAUCAUGAGUAAGCGUAGUCCGU